AAAUUUGUUUUUAAUAGGCGAGUUGGAACUUGUUUGAAGUUUGUUUGAGAAUUUUGAGAGUGUUUUGUGCAAAAAUCCAUCAAAUUCAAAUAAUUCAUACCAAAUCAAAUAGAAAAAAAGAGCAAGAAAAAAGUGAUAUAAAAUAAGUGAUCCUACUCUCGGUGUGUAAAUAAUUAAAUACUCUUCAGUGCAAAAUGUCCAUGCCAAUGAGUAAUUUGGAUAAAGGAGGAUAUGUGCCUCCCGGAUAUAAUCCAAACGUUCCACCAGCGCCUGGUGCUCCAGGAAAUUAUAACCAUCCUCAAGGUUACGCUCCGGUGCCACAACAAAUGCCUUACGGAGAAGCUCCGCCAUUCGGUAGCGGUGGCCAACCAGCCUAUGGGGGGCCACCACCGCCUGGAUUUGCACCGCCACCUCAGUAUAAUGGCGGUUUUCAGCCGGGCUAUGGUCCACCUCAGGUUCCAAUCGUACAACAACCAGGUCAGCCAAUGAUGCCCGGCCAACCGAUGAUGCCAGGACAACCAAUGGCACCCGGUCAACCCAUGCAGCCUGGUCCACCUGGCGAAUGGAUGAGUAUACCAGCCGGCAUUCCGAAUUGUCCACGCGGUUUGGAGUAUCUUACGAGUAUAGAUCAGCUUUUGGUUAAGCAGAAAGUUGAACUUUUAGAAGCAUUUACCGGUUUUGAGACCAACAACAAAUUCUCCAUUAAAAACGCCCUAGGUCAAAAAGUCUACUAUGCCGUUGAGGACACCGAUUGUUGUACGCGUAAUAUGUGCGGUCCCGCCCGUCCCUUUGAUAUGAAAAUCUUUGAUAACUUCCGUAAUGAAGUCAUGCACCUAAAUCGACCAUUGGCCUGUUCUUCCUGUUGCUUUCCAUGUUGUUUGCAGUCAAUGGAAGUUUCAGCUCCACCCGGAAGUGUUGUUGGUACCGUGGAGCAAGAGUGGACCAUAUGUUCACCAGCAUUUCGUAUCAAGAAUCAUGUCGGUGAUACUGUCCUGCGUAUUGAGGGUCCAUUCUGUACAUUUUCUAUGUGCGGUGAUGUUGAGUUCCAGAUUGUAACCCUUACCGGAGAAAAUAUUGGUAAAAUCUCAAAACAAUGGUCGGGCUUUGCACGCGAAAUAUUCACAGAUGCAGAUUUCUUUGGCAUUACGUUCCCCCUGGACUUAGAUGUUCGCAUGAAGGCAACGCUAUUGGGUGCAUUAUUCCUUAUUGAUGCUAUGUUCUUUGAAAAAUCUGGAAAUAGAGAAAGUGAUGGAGUUGGUAUGCUGUCGUAAAAUACAAAGACUUAAUGUUUCUAUUGGAUGUGUGUCAACGCUUACAUGUCUGUUUUUUUUUUUUUUUGUUUUCUUUUUAAUUUAAUACACAUAUAAAUAAUAUUGUCAUCGAAUAUAUAUACAAGUAUUUUUCAUAUACUCUUAUAUAUUUUUGUAACAACUCUUUGUAAUUGACCCUAAAACCAUUUAAAGAUGUAUGCAUGAUAUACGCUUUGUUCAAAACAACGUGGCUUACAUAUUUAACUAUGUAUAAUAUUAUUCAUCAUGUUAGCUUUUUUAAAAUACUUAUUAAAUAUACAGGCCUAUUUUCUGUUUUGAUUUUAUUAAAUCUACAAUAUGAAAGUAUUUAAAACUUUAUUAUAUUAUUAUAAAAUAUUCCCCGUUCAGCAGCAAAUACAAUUUUUUACUCAGGAAUUUAUUAAUAAUAAAUAUUCAAGCAAAGCUUGAGAAGGAAAAUUGCUUCAUCCAAAUAUUUUCAAAAUUAGUUUAGUCUUAAUACCGAAUAUUUUUAUCUUUCUAACGGUUAUUAUACUAUUUAUUAUUUUAUCUGGAAUUUCCUUUAUGUUAAUAGGCGUCUUUUUAUAACCAGUAAUGUUUGUACUUCAAAUAUAAAAUAACAUAUAAAAAUGUUUGUUGUUUACAAUGAAA